AUGUCGAAUCAAACCGUAACCGAUUCAAAUUCCUCAAUAUUAAAUGUAAAACCUUUAGAAACGUUAAAAGAAGUCGAAGAAUGGUUUAAAAAAGUAGACAACAACAACACUGGAUUUUUAACAUUAAAAUCAUUACAAGAAGCCCUAUAUUGGUCGCAAAAUAAAAACUUUUCAAAAAAAGCAUGUAAAUUAAUGAUGAGUCUUUUCGAUGGAGACAGAAACGAAACUAUAAAUUUGGAUGAGUUUAAACGAUUGUGCUCUUACGUAAAUAGAUGGUUACAUGUGUUUAUGAUGUAUGAUUUAAACAACUCCGGGACGAUCGACGCUAAAGAAUUUUCGUAUGCUUUGAUUCAAAUGGGUUAUAAACUAUCGAACCAGUUUGUUGAAUUGGUUAUGAAAGUUUUUGGUGAAAACUCGAAUGAAAUGACUUUGGAUGAAUUUAUUAUGGCAUGUGUUGAAAUCCAGAAAUAUACGGAAGCUUUUAGAGUCCGCGAUCUUGAAUGUAUUGGGACUAUUUCGUUGGAAGACAAAGAAAUAAGAAUAAGAAAUAACGUUGACAAUUUCGAAAUCGAAUUGGAAUUAUAA